GGAUUUAAAAGGGCGCGAAUCUCGCGCUGCGUGUUCGUGUUCCGGUUCGUGCUGGAGCUGCGGGGUUUCCGUAGAAACCGCCGUUCGCCUUUUCGCUUUCUAAGCUCCGCCGCAGCGCUGCGAACUUCCGAGGGAUCGCCUUUCUGCCGUUGAAGGUUUCCCAAUAAAACAACAUGAGUGAUUCUGGCAAGGACACUGUGGCUCAAAAAGAGAAAGAUGGAGCAGAGAAAAGAGGACGUGGAAGACCCCGAAAAACCCCACAGCAGGAACCAAGUGGAUCUCCAACACCGAAGAGACCCAGAGGAAGACCAAAGGGCAGCAAAAACAAGCCAAGCGGCGCUGUAAGCAAGAGCAAAAGAGCAGCGGCAGCUUCGGCACCUGCAGGGACGAAACGCCGUGGAAGACCCAAGAAAGUGGAGGAGGAGCAGCCAUCUAAGUCCUCAGAGGAAGAGGAGGAGGAGGAAGAGGAACAGUAAAUAGCAACUCACGCUACCUCACAAUCCAACGUUAUUUCUUCCUGUUGACCAGAGCUGGACUGAAUCCCUCCCCCUUACACUAGUGCAAACCCUCCCUCUCAAAUUCACCUGUACGCUCUAGUGCCCCCAAGUGUCAGGGAGGCCAGCACACUUCCUGCGCCUUCUGUGUAACACCACUGGAAAAAAGACUCAAAAUACUGUAUGUUCAUUCAUGGAUGCAUGCAAACGUGUAUGCAUAUGUCUCGCACUCACUGGGUAAUUGGUUGAAAGCAUCUGUCAUUUUAUACUGGACAAAGAUAUGCUCCGUUGGCAACCUGACAUAAAACGAUUGCGAAAUACUGAACGUUUUUUUUUUUUUUCCUCCUGUACAAAAUUUCCAGGCAUCGUAAGAAUUCAAGUUCGUUAUUUUUACGAGAUCUGGUAGGCUGUGUGAAAUUCAUGUCAUUGUAUACUGGACAAAGGUGAAUUGACCUACUCGUUUGUUUUUACUUGGGUUGUGUGUGCGUGUGCGAUUUUUAACUCUGUCUCCAGAUAUACUUUUUAGCUACUCUGUGAAUUGAGCUAGAAAUAAAAUUGAGUGUACUUCUGUGUGAGCAUAAUCUCUAGAGGACUUUAAACUCGUUGUAAUCAACAUAUCAUUAAAUGUUUUCUGUUUUGAUUUUCAUAUCACCCUCUGCUGACCAGUCACCAUGAAGAUUUCACAGAUUUCCAUAAUUCCUGAAAUUUUGGGGGUGUGCAAAUACUAUUUAGUUCCCCUUCAUUCUCGACACAAUCAGAUUUUGCCUAAUGGAUAUGCUAGGAAACCGUUUGCUUGUCUCAACAUUUUUGGAAAUGUUGAAUUUGGCAACAACGAUCGAUUUAGGAAGAGAUUAAUGGCAGAUUAAUCUUUAAAAAAAAAAAAAGGCAUCAAGUGAUUUUAGACACCAGCAAUACUUUUAAUUGUACAUCGGUCCCUAAUUUAAGAAGCGACAAACCAAGAAACAUAAAAAAAAAAAAAAUAGAUAAUUUCAUUUGCUCUCAAGUUCCUUAUAAACCUCCCAGCUACAUUACUCCUGUCCUCUUACAGUCCACUCCGAGACCUUUGAUCAUUUAGCUUUCGCCCAAUUUUUUUUUUUUUUGUGCUUGUUUGACGUGUUAAAUUCCAUGUCAGGGAACGCUGAUCGGUCCAGUGACUGGGUCUUCUCUCAGAACUUUGCUGCUACAAACAUGGUUAAUUAAACCCGGAAUACUGCAACCAGGUCAGUUCUACUCUGGACUUGACCGUCAUGUUCAUACCUCACUGUACAACAGCCUAUGACGGAUUAACUCCUCUCUUCUUACCUGACUAUGUUCAACUGGUCUCAGUGCAGCCUUUGGCAAGAGUGUUUGUUUCUUUCCAAGUGCAGUGUCUGAUCCAUUCUCUUUAGUGUGGUUUUCAGUUUGUCUUUAAGUUAUAACUGGUUUUGCUUACAGUGGUGUACACAUCGAUGAACAGAAACUUUGUUUUUCAUAUAUAUCCAUCUGGACAUGCCACAGGAAUUACUGCAUUGAGUCAAAGAGAUGCAAAACAUGUUCACAGACUGUGGUAUAGAUAUAGGUUUUUAGUUUGUGUUUUGUAUACGUUACUCGUUUGGUGCACUGAAUUAAUUUCUUAAUUUGAUGUAUUAUGGACAAAAUGAUUUUGUGUUGCACCUAAAGGUUAGGGCUCCUCAUUUUGUAAUAAACUACAUCCUGCUAGUUGCUUAGCUCUGAGCCACCAUUUAAUAGAUUAUGGUACUUCAGCUGUUAGACACAAUAGUUUUUAACAUACCCCCUCAAUACUGAUGUCUUUUUAAUGUGCCCAUGCACAGAAAUGGUUUGGGAUCAGUCUUUUCAAUGUAUGCACUCUGCAUUUUCUAUUGUGGACUGCAGGAAUUUAUAUUCAAAAUGGUAAUAAAGUUAAGGAUUCGUACAUA